AACUAUAAUAACACUAUUUUAUUGUGUGUAGUGUGUACCACAAUUUUCCAGCCUGAAGAAGAGAAGAGUGUGUCAGUUGAACUUAGAACUUGUUUGAUUUAUUAGGCAAUUCAAGUUGAAGCUGAGUCACUCACUUAAUGGCGAACACAGAUAUCGACCCAAAAACCGGUUUCUGUUCUAAUUACAGAACCUUCUACAGCCUCCGUCCAAACGUCCCUCUCCCUCCACCCUCUGAACCUCUCUCGCUCAUCGACUAUGCACUCUCUCUCCUCCCCUCCACCGCCACAACAAACAACACUCCCGCCCUCAUUGACUCCGCCACCGACCACCACCUCUCUUACUCCCUCUUCCUCCACCAAGUCAAAUCCCUCGCGUACUACCUUCAAUCCCGCACAUCUCUCUCCAAAGGCCACGUGGCAUUCAUCCUUGCUCCUUCUUCCCUACACGUCCCCGUACUCUAUUUCUCCCUUAUCUCUCUCGGCGUAACAGUCGCACCUGCUAACCCACUCAGUUCCCCUUCCGAGAUAAAUCACCUCGUUCAACUCACUAAACCCUCCAUCGCCUUCGCAACUUCCGCCACUGCAACCAACAUCCCUAACCUUCCACUCGGCACAAUCCUCGUCGAUUCUCCUUCAUUCCUUUCCAUGCUCGAUUGUAAAGGUGAGCCACGCCGAGUUGAAACGAGUCAAUCGGACUCAGCGGCGAUUCUCUUCUCUUCGGGAACUACCGGACGAAUCAAAGGCGCGUUGCUGACUCAUCGUAACCUAAUCUCGUUGAUUGCUGGAUUUUGUCACCUGAAACACGUGAUGGAGAGCGACGAAGAUGAACCGCAUCCUGUUUCGCUGUUUACGCUUCCUCUUUAUCACGUAUUUGGAUUCUUCAUGAUGGUUAGGGCUUUGGCUAUGGGAGAGACACUGGUGCUUAUGCAGAGGUUCGAUUUUGAAAGGAUGUUGAAGGCAGUUGAGAGGUAUAAGAUCACUUACAUGCCGGUGUCGCCGCCGUUAAUUACGGCGUUGGUUAAGUCGGAGUUGGUGAAGAAAUACGAUUUUAGUUCGAUCAGAUUGUUGGGGUCCGGUGGCGCGCCGCUUGGUAAGGAAAUUGUGGAGAGCUUCAAAGCCAAAUUCCCCAAUGUGGAAAUUGUGCAGGGCUAUGGUCUGACUGAAAGUGGAGGAGGGGCAGCAAGAAUGAUAGGGUUUGAAGAGGCUAAGCGCCAUGGUUCUGUGGGUCGACUAGCUGAAAAUAUGGAGGCCAAGAUAGUGGACCCUGUUACUGGAGAGGCAUUAUCUCCUGGCCAGAAAGGGGAGCUUUGGUUGCGAGGACCAUCAAUCAUGAAAGGUUAUGUAGGAGAUGAUAAGGCAACGGUUGAGACAUUGGAUUCAGAGGGAUGGCUGAAGACCGGUGAUCUUUGUUAUUUUGACUCUGAUGGUUUUCUAUUCAUUGUAGAUAGACUGAAGGAAUUGAUCAAAUAUAAAGCUUAUCAGGUUCCCCCAGCUGAAUUAGAGCACGUACUUCAUGCCAAUCCUGAAAUUGCUGAUGCUGCAGUUGUUCCGUAUCCUGAUGAAGAUGCAGGGCAGAUUCCAAUGGCUUUUGUGGUAAGAAAGCCAGGAAGCAACAUCACUGCAGCUCAGGUCAUGGAUUAUGUGGCAAAGCAGGUGACACCAUACAAGAAGAUACGACGGGUUUCUUUUAUCAGCUCUAUUCCAAAAUCUCCAGCGGGCAAAAUUUUAAGAAGAGAAUUAGUUGAUAUUGCUCUAACUAGUGGUUCAUCCAAAUUGUGAUCAGGAUAACGAUUGAGUCAGAGUUGCACUUAACGUGUGCAACAUUUUCCAUUUUGUUUUGAUGUGUAACAUAAUAUUCAAUUAUUUACUGCUUGGCUGCACAUAGGAUCUCUCCUUCAAGAAAAACAAAUGUAUACGGAGAGAGAAAAUCAAUAAAAAAAAUAAUAAAAAUAAUAAGUGAGAGAAAAUGCAAGAGAGUGAGAGGGAUAAAUUAGUGCAUGAUACAGUUGGAAAGAAUUAAUUGAAGGUGACGAUUUAAGUUGCAUAAAACAGUAUUAUUAGUCGAGUUUGAAUUAUGUAUUUUAUGCCUGUCGUUAUAGUUCUACUUUCUAAUUUGCACAAACUUUAUAAGCUAUUUUUUUGGUUGUA